AUGUCCAGCUCGCCGCUGUCCAAGAAACGUCGCUUGUCAGGAUCAGAGACGAAGACGGGAUCCCACUGCUCCUCCUCUAACUCUGUCAGAACCCAACUGUCCCACGCACCAGCUAACGGCAUGGCUAAGAAUGGCAAUGAUGCUGAGAUCGAUGAGGGCCUGUACUCCAGACAACUGUAUGUGCUGGGACAUGAUGCCAUGAAACGCAUGCAGAGCUCUAACGUGCUGAUCUCAGGGCUGCGUGGUCUUGGCGUGGAGAUUGCCAAAAAUGUUAUCCUGGGUGGAGUUAAGAGCGUCACCAUUCAUGACCAGGGUGUGGCCGAGUGGAGGGAUCUGUCCUCACAGUUUUAUCUGCGCGAGGAAGACCUGGGCAAGAGCCGCGCGGAAGUCAGUCAGGGGCGCCUGGCCGAGCUCAAUAGCUAUGUCCCCGUGUCCUCCUACACCGGCCCUCUCACCAAUGACUACCUGACCCAGUUUCAGGUGGUUGUGCUGACCAACUCCAGUCUUGAUGAGCAGAUCCGUAUUGGCGACUUCUGCCACAGCAAGGGUAUCAAGCUGAUCAUUGCAGAUACUCGUGGGCUGUUUGGGCAAUUGUUCUGUGAUUUUGGAGAGGAAAUGAUGGUGUAUGACACAAACGGAGAGCAGCCCUUGAGCGCCAUGAUCUCCAUGAUCACCAAGGACAGCCCUGGUGUGGUGACCUGUCUGGAUGAGGCCCGGCAUGGCUUUGAGACAGGAGACUAUGUUACUUUCACAGAAGUGCAGGGCAUGACAGAGCUCAAUGGGUGCCAGCCAGUAGAAAUCAAGGCCUUGGGUCCUUACACCUUUAGUAUCUGUGACACCAGCUCCUUCUCUGACUAUGUAAGAGGGGGAAUUGUAUCUCAAGUCAAGAUGCCCAAGAAGAUCACUUUUAAAUCACUGUCAGCAUCCAUGUCCGAACCAGAGUUCCUGCUCACUGACUUUGCCAAGUUUGAUCGACCAGGCCAGCUGCAUGUGGGCUUCCAAGCUCUGCAUGCCUUUGAGAAGAAACACAGCCGUCUUCCAAAGCCCUGGAAUCAGUCAGAUGCAGAUGAGCUGGUGUCUCUGGCUGGCGAGGUGAAUGCAGGACAGUCUGGAGCGGCCAAACAGGAGCAGCUGGACGAGGCUGUGCUCAAAAAGUUAGCCUUUGUUGCCGCCGGUGAUCUGGCACCUGUCAACGCAUUCAUUGGUGGGCUGGCUGCUCAGGAGGUUAUGAAGGCCUGCACUGGGAAGUUUAUGCCUGUGAUGCAGUGGCUAUAUUUUGAUGCGUUGGAGUGCCUUCCUGAAGCUGAUGGAGCUGUUCCUACAGAGGAGGAGUGUGCACCUAGGAACUGUCGAUAUGAUGGACAAGUUGCAGUCUUUGGGUCAAAACUCCAGGAACAGUUGGCUAAGCAGCGCUACUUUCUAGUUGGAGCAGGGGCAAUUGGCUGUGAGCUGCUGAAGAAUUUUGCCAUGAUGGGUCUGGCCAGCGGGGAUGGAGAAGUCAUUGUCACUGAUAUGGACACCAUUGAGAAAUCUAAUCUCAACCGGCAGUUCCUGUUCAGACCAUGGGAUGUCACGAAGAUGAAGAGCGAGACUGCUGCCGCUGCAGUGAAGCAGAUGAACCCAUCCAUCCGGAUCACAGGCCAUCAGAACCGAGUGGGCCCAGACACGGAGAGGAUUUACGAUGAUGACUUUUUCGAGGCCCUGGAUGGAGUGGCCAACGCACUGGACAAUGUGGAUGCACGCAUGUACAUGGACCGGAGGUGUGUAUACUAUCGUAAGCCUCUGCUGGAGUCUGGCACUCUGGGCACUAAAGGGAACGUCCAGGUGGUCAUUCCCUUUGUCACUGAGUCCUACAGCUCCAGUCAGGACCCCCCUGAGAAGUCCAUCCCUAUCUGCACCCUCAAAAACUUCCCCAACGCCAUCGAACACACCCUGCAGUGGGCCCGAGAUGAGUUUGAGGGACUUUUUAAGCAGCCGGUAGAAGAGGCCAUGCAGUACCUUACUGACCCUAAGUUCAUGGAGCGCACUCUGAAGCUGCCUGGCGCUCAGCCUCUGGAGAUUCUGGAGGCCGUGUAUAAGAGCCUGGUGACGGAUUGCCCACGCAGCUGGGAGGACUGUGUCAGCUGGGCAAGGAACCACUGGCAGUGCCAGUACAGUAACAACAUCCGCCAGUUACUGCACAACUUCCCCCCUGACCAGCUCACCAGCUCUGGGGCUCCUUUCUGGUCCGGUCCGAAGAGAUGUCCUCAUCCACUAGAGUUCAGCACUAGUAAUGACCUGCACAUGGAUUACGUUAUGGCUGCUGCCAACCUGUUUGCACAGUCAUAUGGUCUUCCUGGGUCCACUGACCGUGCAGCUGUGGCCAAGCUGCUUCAGGACAUCAAAGUGCCCGAGUUCACUCCCCGGUCAGGAGUCAAAAUCCAUGUGUCUGACCAGGAACUGCAGAAUGCCAAUGCUUCCGUGGAUGACUCAAGGCUCGAGGAGCUGAAGACACUACUGCCUGCACCGGAGACUGCGUCCAAGUUCAAACUCUGUCCAAUUGAUUUUGAGAAGGAUGACGACACCAACUUCCAUAUGGACUUCAUUGUUGCAGCAUCCAAUCUGAGAGCAGAGAAUUACGACAUUCCUCCUGCAGACAGACAUAAGAGCAAGCUUAUAGCUGGUAAGAUCAUUCCCGCCAUCGCCACAACGACGGCAGCGGUGGUGGGCUUGGUGUGUCUGGAGCUGCUGAAGGUCGUGCAAGGUCACAAGAAACUAGAGUCCUAUAAGAACGGUUUCAUGAACCUUGCCCUCCCUUUCUUUGCCUUCUCUGAACCCAUUGCUGCCCCCAAGCACAAGUACUAUGACAUUGACUGGACGCUGUGGGACCGCUUUGAGGUGAAGGGCAUGCAGCCCAAUGGGGAAGAGAUGACACUCCGACAGUUCCUGGACUAUUUUAAGAAUGAACACAAACUGGAGAUCACUAUGCUGUCACAGGGUGUCUCCAUGCUCUACUCCUUCUUCAUGCCUGCUGCCAAGCUCAAAGAGAGACUGGACCUACCGAUGACUGAGAUUGUGACGAAGGUGUCGAAGAAAAAGCUGGGGAAGCAUGUGAAGGCGUUAGUGUUUGAGCUCUGUUGCAACGACCUGUCGGAGGAGGACGUGGAGGUGCCCUACGUCAGAUACACCAUCCGUUGA